GGCCAAGGGAUGACUGGAGGUUUGGAAAGCCUAACGAAAGAGGAAAGACGGGCGUUGCGAGGAAGCAAAUUUGCGCCUCUGCCAUCCGCGCCUCCUCCCUCUCAAUCUCGCCCCAGGCUUUCUCACCCAGGUGGACCACUGGCAACCAACAAAGCUGCUGCUUUGGCGAAGUUCCUUGAAAGAAAACUUCAGAAACCUGGUGGAUUAGAUUCUAUAAACCCUGAUCUUCUUGAGUUAGCUGUCAAAAAUGCGAAAGACACAGUAAAUGGUGCAGUUCCAAAUUCUGGAAGAAUUCGGCAUGUGACUUCUUUUGAUGAUUCUAAGGACUCCAGUGAAGAAGAUGUAGAAAAACAAGGUAAAUUAAUAGAAAGUAAGGUGAUGAUACAUAAGAAGAAAAGGAAGAGAGGAAGAAAACAAAAGGAUUCCCGCGAAGAAGAUGGAGAAAAUCAGGAUAAAGGGGAAGGAAGUAAGCGAAAGAAAUGUAAGAAGAAUAGAAAGAAAAACGAAGGGCAGAAGAUGGUGAAAAGCUCUGGAAAAAAUAGGAUCCAAAAAAAAGGUGAACCCAUGAGUCCUGCUAGAAAAUUUCCCCUCAAUGGUUGAUGGGAAGUCUGAUACUAAUGGUUGUCCUAGACAACAUGAAUUGAUGGAAGAUGAAGAAUCAUAAGAAAGCAAAGCACAUUUGCUUGGUUUCUAGGAGUUAAGGAAACAGGAAACGAAGCUGCUGCUCACUUGCUGUGUUUUUGAACAUUGUAUUGAAUCUUCUUAGCCCAAGUGAAAAGUUGUCAAAAGAUAUACUGUUCAGAAAAGGUC